AUACAACUCAUAACAUACAUUUCAAUUCUUCAAACCAUUUAUCUUCAUCUAAUUCAGUUACUGAAGAAAAAAAAAACAUUAUGCCAAAAAAUCAAUCAAACAAUUGAUUCACCAAAAUACCCCUGCAUCAUGUACAAGCAGGAACGAAGCAACAAAUGUUUCGUCUACUUUUUCACUUUCUUUGUUUUCUGUUGUGCAGUUUUACUAAUCGCUGCAUUGAUAUUCCGAUUGAGGAAUCCAGAGGUAAAGUUAACUUCAACUACAUUGGAUCAAAUUACCUAUAACGUUACUUCACCGUCGCGUUCAUUCAACGCAACAAUUCUCACAUAUUUCAGUAUCUGGAACCCUAAUUUCGGUGGAAUAUUCAGUUACGAGAAUAGCGAUGUGAAAUUGAUGUAUGCGGGUGUUAAAGUUGGUUAUAUGAAAAUUCCUGAUGCCAGAGUGAAAGAAAGAAGAACCAAACAUACGGAUGUUAAGGUGAAUAUGAAGUUUCCCGAGUUAAUUGUUGAUGAGAAUGGGAAUUUUACUAGGGAUGUUUAUUCAGGGACGUUGAAUCUUACGGGUUAUGUCAAAUUCAGUGGGAUUGUUCAAAUUCAGUGGUUGAAGAUUGUUCACAAGAGAAAGACAAUAGAAAUGGUUUGCAAUUUGAGUAUCAUAUUGACAUCAAGGGCAAUUCAGGGAAUUCAGUGCCAAUAAGAAUAAGAUUUUUUACUUGAUCUUUGUGUUGUUUUUAAUUUUCAAAAUUCCUUGUAUUUUUAUCUAUGUAAUCAAAAUAUAUGGUUGAGAUUGAUUAUUCUUUUAAAUAGAAUUUCCUUCUAGUGUG